UUUGAUUAAAACAAAAACAACAACUUUGGUUUUCUCCCUUUGAUGAUUUCUCUCCUGGUAUUUUCUAGGAGAUGGAUCAGAUUGUGAACCAAAUGCUACAUAUCGCGCAGUACCUGGAGUGGGACCCCACAGAGCUCAGGCCUAUCCUGAAGGAGAUGUUGCAAGGAAUGGACUACGACAAGGAUGGCUUUGUGUCUCUACAGGAGUGGGUCCAUGGGGGGAUGACCACCAUCCCAUUGCUGGUCCUCCUGGGAAUGGACGACUCUGGCUCCAUGGGGGACGGAAGGCAUGCCUGGACCCUGAAGCAUUUCAAGAAGCCCACGUACUGCAACUUCUGCCACAUCAUGCUGAUGGGUGUCCGGAAGCAAGGCCUGAGCUGCAUUUACUGUAAAUACACUGUCCACCAACGCUGUGUGUCCAAAAACAUUCCUGGAUGUGUGAAAACAUACUCAAAAGCCAAAAGGAGUGGUGAGGUGAUGCAGCACGCGUGGGUGGAAGGGAACUCCUCCGUCAAGUGUGACCGGUGCCACAAAAGUAUCAAGUGCUACCAGAGUGUCACUGCGCGGCACUGCGUGUGGUGCCGGAUGACGUUUCACCGCAGAUGUGAAUUUUCGGCGGUGUGUGAUGGUGGGGAGCUCAAAGACCACAUUCUGCUGCCUACCGCCAUAUACCCCAUCACCCAAGACAGGCAAGGAGGGAAGUCCGACGGCAGCAUGGCCUCCAAGGGUGAACUUGUAACACAGUAUAAGAUCAUCCCUAGUCCAGGAACUCACCCCCUGCUGGUCUUGGUGAACCCCAAAAGUGGAGGAAGACAAGGAGAAAGAAUUCUCCGGAAAUUCCACUACCUGCUCAACCCCAAACAAGUUUUCAACCUGGACAAUGGUGGACCCACUCCAGGACUGAACUUUUUCCAUGACACCCCAGACUUCCGUGUUCUUGCCUGUGGCGGAGAUGGGACAGUUGGCUGGAUUUUGGAUUGCAUUGAUAAGGCCAACUUCACAAAGCAUCCACCAGUGGCCGUCCUGCCUCUCGGAACGGGGAAUGACCUUGCACGAUGUCUCCGCUGGGGAGGAGGUUACGAAGGGGGCAGCUUGACGAAAAUCCUGAAGGAGAUUGAACAGAGCCCCUUGGUGAUGCUGGACCGCUGGUAUCUCGAAGUCACACCCAGAGAAGAGGUGGAGAAUGGAGACCAGGUCCCAUACAACAUCAUGAACAACUACUUCUCCAUUGGUGUGGAUGCUUCCAUUGCCCAUAGAUUCCACAUGAUGAGAGAGAAACACCCUGAAAAAUUCAACAGCAGGAUGAAGAACAAGCUGUGGUAUUUUGAAUUUGGCACCUCGGAGACCUUUGCAGCCACCUGCAAGAAGCUUCAUGACCACAUAGAGCUGGAGUGUGAUGGAGUUAAGGUGGACCUGAGCAAUAUCUUCCUGGAAGGCAUUGCCAUUCUGAACAUUCCCAGCAUGUACGGAGGCACCAAUCUCUGGGGAGAAACCAAGAAGAACCGGGCUGUGAUCCGGGAAAGCAGGAGGAGCGUCAUAGACCCAAAGGAGCUGAAAUGCUGUGUCCAAGACCUCAGCGACCAGCUCCUUGAAGUUGUGGGUCUAGAGGGAGCCAUGGAAAUGGGACAGAUCUAUACUGGCCUGAAGAGUGCGGGCAGGAGGCUGGCCCAGUGCUCCUCUGUCAUCAUUAGGACUAACAAGCUUCUGCCAAUGCAAGUAGAUGGAGAGCCCUGGAUGCAGCCGCGUUGCACAAUUAAAAUCACUCACAAAAACCAGGCACCUAUGAUGAUGGGGCCUCCCCAGAAGAGCAGCUUCUUUUCAUUGCGGAGGAAAAGCCGUUCAAAAGACUAAAGAGAGUGACAAACAAACACCAGCUCUACCAAGAAGAAUCUACACACGUGCACACACACAUCACACAGACACACAUGCGCACACACACAAACACACACAUACCAUGCACACAUACACACACCACACACACAUACCAUGCACACACACACCACACACACAUACACACCAUACAGUCACACACACAGACACACACACACCACACAGACACACAUCUGUAGCCAGAGGAAGUCAAACCACCCUCCCAGAGGAAAGUGUCGUCCUGCCGUACAGUCUACCUGUUUUGAAAAUGGAUCCACUCUUAACAGAACCAAUACCCAUGAACUAUUUUGAAUGGACGCAGGGCCCACCAGGAUGGGUUGGCUCCCAUAGCCACUUCCACAUUCCCACAGGCCUGGGGUAGACUCUGAGCCUGAAGGAGAAAUCCCACCCCCCCCCCUUUUUUUUUCCUUCAACUCCUGUAAGGUUCCAGGCUGUACG